GACGGGUGUUUCGGGGGAGUGUAAAUGUUGAAGUAGAGACUGAAUAAGGAUUUAUUGGAGUUAUAGAUCAGAUAGAGAGUCUUUGGUGGGAAAGCCCUGAAAGUGAGUGUAGCCCUGCUGUAGAGGCGGUAGUGCUGCGAGGACCAAUAACUAACUAACCUAACCUAGCCUAGCUCACCCAGUGCUGUGCAGCAGAUCCCAGUGUCUGCAGCGCCCCGCACACAGUCCGUCAUCCGCGCGGAAAAUCACGUUUUAUUCCACCUAAUUCGCCUUUUAUACCGACUAAGGGAACUAACACGGACAUGAGAUUCUGAGCAGCAGUAUACUGGUUGACUGCUGUGUUGCCCAGCUCAGCUAGCGCUGCAGAGCUCUCCAGGCAGCAGCUUUGGUGCGUUGACAGUGCCGCUAUGUUGGUGUCGAGCCCAUAAGCGAGCCUCCGUGCCUCAGGCUCCAGGCCUCCGGCCUCUAGGCUCAGUCUGAGCUUCCAGCCUCCAACAGCAGCAUGUCCAGCUCUGGCUUCCCCCCCAGCCAGGGGAGCUUCAGCAGCGAGCAGAGCCGCUACCCACCACACUCAGUCCAGUACACCUUCAGCCCUGUGCGCCAUCCACCGGAGUUAACGGUUCCAGAAUACCGCAAUUCUCAUCUGCAGGACCAGCAGCAGCGUCGCAGACCCUCAUUGCUAUCAGAAUUCCACCCUGGGACUGAGAGGCCUCCAGAGCGCAGGCAUGGCUACGAGUUCCACCCACUGCCGGCGCAGCCUGAGCACGAGUCCAUGGAGGCUAAGCGGCCCAGAGUCGAGGGCACUCCUGAACCCCACAUGCCCCGCCCCCCUCCUGCAGGCAUGGUUCUGCCACUUCCCCAUGCCAUACAAGACGGCCUCAGAACCGCUGGAGAGGUCAAGAAGGAGACUCAGUACAGUAUGAAGGUGGAAGCCUCGUCUCCAGGAGGCCUGCAGUCCCUGGGGGAGGACCAGGAUGCCUCUCCCUCCAAGCUUUCCAAAGAGGAGCUGAUCCAGAGCAUGGACCGCGUGGACCGAGAGAUCGCCAAGGUUGAGCAGCAGAUCUUCAAGCUGAAGAAGAAGCAGCAACAACUGGAGGAGGAAGCAGCUAAGCCUGUGGAGCCGGAAAAGCCAGUAUCUCCACCACCUGUGGAACACAAGCACCGGAGCAUCGUUCAGAUCAUCUACGACGAGAACCGGAAAAAAGCUGAAGAAGCCCAUAAGAUCUUCGAAGGACUCGGCCCAAAAGUGGAGCUGCCCCUAUAUAACCAGCCAUCAGAUACUAAAGUAUACCAUGACAACAUUAAAACAAAUCAAGUGAUGAGGAAGAAGCUGAUUCUGUUCUUCAAGAGGAGGAACCACGCACGCAAGCAGAGGGAGCAGAAGAUCUGUCAGCGAUACGACCAGCUGAUGGAAGCGUGGGAGAAGAAAGUGGAGCGCAUGGAGAACAACCCGCGGCGCAAAGCCAAGGAGAGCCGUACGCGCGAGUACUACGAGAGACAGUUCCCCGAGAUCCGCAAACAGCGCGAGCAGCAGGAACGCUUCCAAAGAGUGGGCCAGAGAGGGACGGGGCUGUCAGCCACCAUAGCGAGGAGCGAGCAUGAGAUUUCAGAGAUUAUAGACGGCCUGUCGGAACAGGAGAACAAUGAGAAGCAGAUGAGGCAGCUGUCAGUCAUUCCACCCAUGAUGUAUGACUCGGAGCAGCGGCGGGUGAAGUUUAUCAAUAUGAAUGGGCUCAUGGAUGAUCCUAUGAAGGUCUACAAGUCCCGGCAGUUCAUGAACGUCUGGACCGAGCACGAGAAGGAGAUUUUUAAGGAGAAGUUCGUGCAGCACCCGAAGAACUUUGGCCUGAUCGCCUCUUACCUAGAGCGAAAGUGUGUCUCGGAUUGUGUACUGUACUACUACUUGACCAAGAAGAGCCAGAACUAUAAGACGCUGGUUCGUCGCAACUACGGCAGCCGCCGGCGGAGGAACCAGCAGAUAACCCGACCCUCACAAGAAGACAAGUCAGAAGACAAAAACGAGGAGGACAAGUUGGAGAAAUCGGAGAAGAAAGAGGACGACGAGAAGAAGGAAGAGGAGGAGAAAGAUGAAAAAGAGGACUCAAAGGACAUUGGUAAAGACAAAGAGAAGUGUGAGGGGGAGGACGAGGAGGGCAAAGAGCAGAGCACGCCACGGGGCCGCAAGACCGCCAACAGCCAGGGCCGCCGCAAAGGCCGCAUCACCACCCGCUCCAUGGCCAACGAGGCAGCUGCCACGGCUGCAGAGGAGCCGCCGCCCCCUCCACCUGAACCAGCUUUGCCUGAACCUGUCCCUCCUCCCAAACCUGAGCCGGUGCAGAAGCCUGCACGAGAGGUGGCUAAACUCGCUCCUGUGACCCCAAUGGAUGCCCAAGCACGAGGAUCCGUCGAGGCUGGAGAGACUUCUCGCUGGACCGAGGAGGAGAUGGAGGUCGCCAAAAAAGGACUGGUGGAACAUGGGCGUAACUGGCCGGCCAUUGCUAAGAUGGUAGGAACCAAGAGUGAGGCUCAGUGCAAGAACUUCUACUUCAACUACAAGAGACGCCACAACCUGGACAACCUGCUGCAGCAGCACAAGCAGGUGACCAGGCGGUUACGUGAACGGGACGCAUCACAGAGCGACAGUGUAGCCACGGCUUCGGCUGACGAUGAUGAGGAGAACCCAGAUGACAGCGAAGGUGCAGACAACAGCUCAGACACGGAGAGCGCUCCAUCUCCCUCUCAGGCCGACCCUUCCAAACCCUCUGACCCGCUGCCCAACUCCGGUUCUGGGGACGGCGCCUCCGAGCAGGACCCUGCCGCCUCCAAAAGCAACAGUGCGGAAACCAAAGCCCAGGAGCCUCCUUACGGUGAUCUUCAGGUCAAGCUGGAGAAGAGUCCAGAAGGAGGAGCGGCAAGCGAUGGCACUAACCAGGAAGAGCGGGCGCGGCCUGCCUUCGAGGGUCAGGUUCACCCCAAAAGCGAGCCACAGGACGCUGAAAUGGCCGGUGGAAUGGCGGUGGCAGCGGCAGCUGGGGAGAGAGGAGAGAUUGAGGUGAAGAUGGAGCCGGAAACCAGGGAGAAAGCAGAGAAACAAGGAGAACAGGCUCACUCUGAUAACGACUCGAGUGCCACGUGCAGCGCUGACGAGGACGUGGAGGCCGAGCCAGACCGACAGAGGAUCUUUUCUAUGGAUAAGCCAUCAAUGCUCGGAGGUCCCAGCUCAGUGGUUGUCUCCUCAGCCAAGCAGGCCCAUCUCAGCGUACAGCAGCUCCAUCAGCGGGCCGCCAACAUCCCUCCCAUGGUCAGUCCCCCUAGCUCCAUCUCCUACUUAUCUAGCAGAUACCCCUCCUUAUCCAGCCUCAGGCCCAGGGACUGGGAGAGGCUCGGAGCCGGAGCCAGGGCCCAGAGCCGGUCUCCCUCAGCUCAGCUGCCACGCUACGUGUCUGGUCCUUUCGGGCCAGCCGGGGUCCCUGUGGGAGCUCCUCUAAGUGGCUUUGCCAUGUUCCAGCACCAGAUCAAAGCUGUGCAUGAGUCUGCCCACCUGGAGGACAACCAGCGGCAGGAGGCUGGUGAUGCAGACCGCCGUCCUCGCUUCAGCACCCGUAGCCCCGUACUGGAUCGGGAUGGUAAACCGUUUGCCUACAUACCUUACGACAUGAAGCCGGUGGAGCAGGAGCCUCAUGGUGCAGCAGGCAGGCCAGGAUCACCCUACAGGCUGUCUCCAAGAGAGCCCAGCAAAGCCUCACCCCAACCAGAUCCCAACAACCCCUCACGCUACAGCAUCCCACCAGUCCUGCAGCCGGCUCCUAACCAGGUGGUUCAGACCCUUCCAGAUGGAAUGCGCAUGACAUUCUCCCGCCACAGACCGGCCAACAUUCCAUCUCCACCCCCCCUCAUUCCCACCUCCAAACCCACUGACAAGCCCGCCUUCAUCCAGGGAGGAUCAAUUUUGCAGGGAACACCGGGCACGUAUCUGCCCCCCCACACGCACGCUGUUUAUGGGGCAGAGGGGGCCAAGAGCGCUGGAGGAUCCAUCUCACUCGGCCUGCCAAGACAACAGGACCCUUCCAAGCCUGUGUCCUACAUAAAGCAAGAGGAGUGUUCUCCACGUGGGCAGACGGGUCAGGCUGAAGGGCUGCUCUCCAGAGCGCAUUACGAGCCCGGAGUGGUCAGAGGAGCACCAAUGCCUGCCAUCCAGGAUCUGGCCAGAGGCCCCACGGGAAAAGGCCCAGAGGGACUUCCCUUCAGAGGAGGCUCCAUUACACAUGGCACUCCUGCUCUGCCCCAGUCCAGCAUCAUCGCUAAACUGGCCGCUGAGGACCUGUCCAGCCCGGAGAAGAGCCGGGCAGAGGCAAUGUCCAAGGGACACGUCAUCUAUGAGAGCAAGAGCGGCCAUCUCAUCUCCUAUGAUGCCAUUAAGAACCCCAGAGAAGGUACUAGGAGCCCAAGGACGAGUCAAGAGCUCAAGCGCACUUAUGACAUGAUGGAUAGAGGUCACCCUGUACGGGAUUCUGCACCUUAUGAAGGUUUGAUCAGUAGAGCACAACCCAGAGACAGCCCACUGGCAGAUUCUAAAGACCGGCCCAUUCUCGGAGGAUCCAUCAUGCAAGGAACACCAAGAACAUCAUCUGAAGCUUUUGAUGAAGCAAAGUAUGGCAAGCAGAUUAAGAGGGAGAGCCCACCCAUCCGUUCAUUUGAGGGGGGAAUUACCAAGGGCAAGCCCUAUGAGGGCGUUAACACCAUUAAAGAGAUGGGUCGCUCCAUUCAUGAGAUCCCACGUAAAGAGAUGCAGGAUAGCCGCAAGACCCCGGUCCUGGAGGGAUCUAUUACCCAGGGCAUCCCUCUGAAGUAUGACAGCAGCGCUGUGAACCAGUCGGCCAUCAAACACAACGUAAAGUCCCUCCUCACCAGCCCGGGGAAGCUGCCGCACCCCGCCAUGGAGGCGGUUGAACGCGAGCGCAUGAAGUACGAGGACGCCAAGGCCUCGGAGCGGGAGCGUGUGCGCCACACAUCCGUAGUCAACUCCACUUCAGUGCUGCGCUCCACACACCAGGAGGCCAACAAGUCACAACUCAGCCCUGGCAUGUACGAGGACGCCAAUGCACGCAGGACCCCCAACUACGCCACCAGCUCUAUCUCCAGGGGAUCGCCUUUGCUGCGGGCACAGGAGGGAGGGAUAACAUCAGGCAAACCUGUAUCUCAUGAGAGGAAGAGCACUCUGACCCCGACCCAGAGAGACAGCGUUCCAGCCAAGUCUCCCGUCUCCGGAGGCGACCCGAUGGCCUCGCACAGCCCGUUCGACCCUCAUCAUAGGCCUGUGGGGCCUGGAGAGGUGUACCGAGCCCACUUACCCCCUCAUCUAGACCCCAACCUCGCCCUGCACCAUCGCUUGCUUGACCCAGCUGCAGCGUACAUGUUCCAGCGCCAGCCGUCUCCCACCGGUUACCCCAACACCUACCAGCUCUACACCAUGGAGAACACGCGGCAGACCAUCCUCAACGACUACAUCACCUCCCAGCAGAUGCAGGUCAUCCCACGGCCCGACAUGGCGAGGGGGCUCUCGCCUCGGGAGCAGCAGCAGCUCGCCAUCCCGUACCCUCCCGGAGCCAGAGGUAUAAUUGAUCUAGCCCAGAUGCCUCCCACCAUCCUGUUGCCUCACCCCGGGGGAACAGGUUCCCCCACCCUGGACCGCAUCACGUACAUCCCCGGACCUCAGCCCCCUUUUCCUCCUAGGGUUUUCAACCCCGCCUCCAUAUCUCCAGGACAUCCCAGCCAUUUGGUAGCCAGCGUAGAGCGGGAGCGCGAGAGGGAGCGAGAACGAGAGCGAGAGAGGGAUCGUGAGCACAGAGAGCGGGAGAAAGAGAGGGAGAAGGAGCGAGAGAGGGAGCAGAGGGAGAGAGAGUGGGAACGAGAGAGGGAGCGAGAGAGGGAGCGCGAGCGUAAUGAAUACCUGCGUGGAGCUGCAGAGCAGCCCGGCAGGCCCGGCAGCCGUGGUUUCCUGCGUUCCCCCUCCCCUUCGAUGAGGACACAGGAGGGUGUCGUCCAGCAGAGGCCCAGCAUCUUCCAAGGCACCAAAAGUGUGAUCACUCCGCUGAUCAGGCAGAUGCCCUCCGCAGCGGCCGCAGCCCAGGCCAACUCUCGCUACAACACUGCCGCGGACGCUCUGGCCGCCCUGGUGGACGCCGCCGCCUCCGCCCCUCAGAUGGACGUGGCCAAGGUGAAGGACAAUAAGCACGAGAGCGCCGGCCCGCGGGAAAGCGACAUCAGCGCGGCCCGACGGGCAGCAGCCGAGCAGCAGGAGGCCGAGCGCCGCUCCAUGCAGUCCCCCUUCGGAGCCAUGCCACUUCCAGGGGGGAAGCAGAACCUUCCUAUGUACCCAGACGGCGGGAGCACGAGUGACAAAGACAAAGCCGCGCCCACAAAGUCCCGCAUAGAGGAGGAACUACGCACCCACGGCAAAACCACCAUCACCGCAGCCAGCUUCAUCGAUGUUAUCAUCACGCGCCAGAUUGCCUCUGACAAGGACUCCCGGGUGAGGGGAUCGCAGAGCUCAGACUCCUCUGGCAGCUUGCCCUCAAGCCGCUAUGAGGCACAAGGUAGUAGUGCUAUCGAGGUGAUCAGUCCAGCCAGUUCUCCAGCACAGAGAGAGGAGAAAAGUGAUGGAGCCUUCCCUCCAGAGAAGAGCUCUCAGCCUGCCCCAGGUCCUGUUAGAGGGUUCGAUAUGGGUCGGUACAGAUCACCGAUGGAAUCUGGACCGGCGACAUCACAGCCACCUACUUCCACCCAGACACACCGUGUCAUGACCCUGGCUGACCACAUCUCGCAUAUCAUCACGCAGGACUUUGCCAGGAACCAGGACCCUCCUCCAUCCAGUGCACUGCCUUCCUCUUCCUCCUCCUCCACUUCAAUUUCCUCUACAUUCCAAAGCUCUAGUGGAGGAGGAGGCUCCAUGGGGCGGUCCAAAGGACCGAACCGCUACAGCCCAGAGAACCCCGUACCCUCCUCACACCAUCAGAAACCACCCAGCCGAGUGUCUCCUGAGAACGCCUCCGACAAGCCGAGAUCCAGGCCAGGGAAGUCUCCAGAGCGUGCUGGUGGGGUAGGAGGUCGAGGGGUGGAGAGCUAUGAGCCCAUCUCCCCACCUCAGAGCUACUCCGGCCUGGAGAAACCGGAGAGCAGCCUGAUCCAGGGCCAGAGACGUGAACAGGAGCUCUCCGAGCAGAGGACGGACUCACGCUCCCCGGGCAGCGGCAGCUAUCUGCCCUCCUUCUUCACCAAGCUGGAGAGCACCUCCCCCAUGGUGAUGUCCAAAAAGCAGGAGAUCUUUCGCAAGUCUGAAGUUGGUAAUGCACAGCCAGGCACAGAGAUAUUCAAUAUACCAGCUGUAACAACUUCAAGUAAUGUGAACCCCAGGAACCACUCGUUCAGUGACCCGGCCAGUAACCUGGGUCUGGAGGACAUCAUCCGCAAGGCUCUGAUGGGGAACAUGGAGGAGAGGCCGGAGGAGCAGACGCAACAGUCCCAGUCUGGAGGGGGAAUGGGAGGCAGCUCAGCUGGAGUUGGGGGUGUUGGCGAGGGGAGACAGGAGGCCAAUCCUUCCCCCAACACAGGUAGAUAUUCUGGAAAGCAGAAGCUCCAGAGCAAAGCCAGCAGCAGGAAGUCCAAGUCCCCCAACCCAGGGCAGGUGUACCCGGGCGGGGAGCGGCCGUCCUCUGUGUCCUCGGUUCAUUCAGAGGGGGAGUACCACAGGCAGGCCCCGAGCUGGGCCUGGGAGGACCGGCCUUCAUCCACAGGUUCCAUGCAGUUCCCCUAUAACCCUUUGACUAUGCAGAUGUUGAGUAGCACCCCGCCCACCUCCAUGGCCUGCCCGUCUCCCUCCAUGCAGUCCCAGCAGCAGCAGCCAGGGGGCGGCACCGCACCCGUGGGUCCGGCCAGAGCCUGGGAGCAGCCUCUGCUCUCGGAACAGUACGAAACCCUGUCGGACAGCGACGACUGAGCCUGGCGGCCGACUCCCAUCUCCCUCCAGCCCCCCUCCCCCCUCCCUGGUCCUUAGGGGUCACACCAGUAAAAGUGUCCCUCCCAUCAGCGCCCCCACCUUCCCAGUUCUACAGGUCCCUCUCACUGCCACUCUGGUGUGGGGGAUUCGCUGGGAAGGAGGACUCGUUUCUGGUGCUUCAGCGCUCUCUGGUGUUCAGAGAGAGAAAGAGAGAUAUAUAGAGAAAGAGAGAGAGAGAGCGCUGCGAGGGGGCCACCCACAGGCUUUAGGAGUCUUCAGGAGAAAACUUUGUAACGGAGGAAAGCUCCAGAAGCUUUAUGUCGCCUGUCGGUGGACGCGAGGAACUUUUACAAAAUGUUAAAAAGCGAAAAAAAUAAAAGGAUGAAGAACUUGCAAUGUAAAGAACACUUUAAAAGGACUCGUUUGCUUAAAUUUCUGUUCGAUUUCUGUAAAGAAAUACUUUUUUUUUGUCUUUAAAAAAGAAAAAAAAUCAGUGUAUGUAAAUAGAGUAACCUUUUGCAGUGUGUUAUUUUUUCUUCUUCUUCUUCUACUUUUCUCUUCGACUCUUCGAUUCUCCUCCGCGUUUUAACGUCACUUUUUAAAAUCAGACCCUGCUGGUUUGAGAUUACGUGGACGUUCCUUUAUUUUUAAGUUUUUUCUCUUAAUGUGAAAAAUGUGCAGCGACCCACGUUGUUGGUGGCGGCGGCAGCAGAAACAGGAUGAACUUGAACUUAAGUCGAGGCGGUCGACGCACCGACUGACCACAGCCUUCAGAGACAGAGUCACCAGUGGAUAAAAGAGAGGGGGAACGUUUUUGGAAACCAGACGUUUUUUUUUUUUUUUUGGAAAUCCCAGGUGUUUUUUUGGCAACCAGACGUUUUGGAAACACCAGACGUUUUUGGAGAACCAGGCGUAUCUGUAUGGAGGUGCUUCAGUGCAUAAGCUUUGAAAUAUGUUUUGAAAAAAGUUUUUUUUUUUUUUCAGUCCUGCAGGAAAAUAAAAGCUGAAGUUUACGGAAGAAGAAGAGACACCAUCUCCUUUUGGGUUCAUGUGAACAAGUUGAGAACACUGGUGUUGGAGCCGUAUGUUUUUUGUUUUGUUUUUUCGUUUUUUUUUUUCCAGUGAAAGAAGAAAUAUAAGCUGAAUGUUUCUUUUAAAGUUCCUUCAAAGUUCUAUGUAUUUUUUUUUCUCCUGUGCUGAGCGGUGGCCAGUGGUGGAACUGGCCGUGGCGUCUUUUUUUUUUUUUUUUCUCUUUAAAUCUUUUCUUUUCUUUCCUGAACUGCUUUGGUGUGUUGCUCUGUGUGGUUGCUAACAAGUGCGAAAUGUUCUGCUGUUUUUUGUUUUGUUUUGUUUGUUUGUUUUUUUUGUUGUUUUUUUCUCCCUCCCCUCCUUCCUAGAGGAAUUGGUGUUGUUUUGGAGAGGGCAGUUGGUCUCCUUCAUGUUGGGGUGGAAAUCAAACAAACUGUGACUUUCGUCUACAGCUUCAGUUCAUUCUUUCAUUCGUUCUGUUGAAAGAAAUUCUGCUGUUUUUUGUUUUGUAUUUCGUUUAGUUUUUUUUUCUUUCUCUCGCUGAUGAUGAACAUGCUGACUGCCUCCCCUCUUCCGCUCGGACACGUCUACCCAAACGAAAGGAAAAACCAAACGAACAUCAGUUGGAUGCACCUCUGCACCGUUGUUGCACUUUUUUUCUUUGUUAUUUUUUUGUGGCUUAGUAACUUUUGACGGUGAUUAAAAGCGUACUACCUGUAAUCUAAGUUAUUCAAGCUUGUGCAGAGGUUCAAUUUCACUCACGUUGCUGCAAUAACUCUUCUCAGACUUUUUCUCGCUUCAGAAAUACGUUUUAUUUUAUGUUAAAUGAAUCUUGCCGCUGAUUUUCUGGGCUUGUUUCACACAUCACCUGAUCUUUGCUCUGAUCUAUGGUACAGUAAGGCUAUUCAUAGUGACGCUGCUUCACUUGUACAUCUUACAUUUUACAUCGUAAUGAACAGCUAGUGCUCUCUCAGUUGUAGUUAUCGGCACAGGAAAAAAGAAAGUACAACCCAGCUGUAUGUUCUCUGGCAAAGAUCUAUCAAUAAUCACAGUAAUCACAAUAAUCACAGUAAUCACAGCAGCUAUAGACACUUAAAGCAGAUGUUUUUCAAAGCAUAAGCUUGUUUGGGUUUCCUCUCUGCGUUCGCUUCGCUCCAGAAACAAAACCUGUCUGCUUUUUUUUUUUUUUUUUUCGUUUUGAUAUAUUUAAUUUCACUUCUGAAAUGGAAAAAAAAGCUCAUGUUGAGAUUUUUUUUUUAAUCAUUUUCAACAUCGAUGUUAUUCAUCCUGUUUUAAUGGGAUGCAAAGUGUUUACAAUGGCGUUGACAAAAAAAAAGGUGGUGAAAACUUGAAUCUUAAGAAAAUGAAAGUCGAUCAUUGCAUCAUUUAGUCUUUUCUUUUUCUUUCAGUCCGACACCUUGCAGUUUUAUUUUUCUUCUUUUGUCCUUUCAGAAUCGAGACUUGAAAUAACCCGUGUAUCCCAUGAUGUUGAAACGCAAUGUUUGUAUCGCACAAUGUCUCUUAAGCAGCCAAUUACAAUAAAAAAAGUUCAGACCAAUCAAUAAAGUGGAUUAGCGCUCCACCUUUCUGAAAGUUAA